AUGCAUCAAGUGUGUUCUAGUGACUUUGUCAGUACUAAGUGGUUGGCACAUAUAUAUGCGGCCGCUGAUCUCUAUAUCAGCAAUGAUUUUAGCUAUACUGGUGGUCCUCUGUUUCAAGCACUCGCAACAUUUUGUAGUUUAGCAAAGAAAAAUCUGAACGAUACCUUGGCUAUUUUCAAUACUACACGUUUCAUCUCGUCCACAAUGUUAGCUGAAGAUCUUUUUGUUCAACGAACUCAAUCAAUUAUUGAUGCAUUCAAGAGAACGACGAUCAAGAGUUUCAUUCAACCUUUCAAUGUCGUCCGAGAUAUAACUCAUUCAAAUUAUCUUAUGUCCGGUUUACUGACUAAUACUCUUAUAUUUGUGAAUGAUUUUUUGAUGGCUAUUAUCGGAAUCAAAUAUUACAAUAAUGAAAGCUGUAAUUGCUUUCUAACAUCCACAUGUCUUGCACCUUUAACACGUCGAUCAAUGAAUGGCAGCAGAAUAUUCACAAUACCUGGUUUAUACAUUGGCUGUUACUUGGUUGAAGCAAUGCGAAGUUCAUCAUUAGAAUGUUUCUACAAUCAAACGUGUCUAGAACAAGUUGAAUUUAUGCUAGAAUCUCCACUGUCUUUCAAUGCAACUGUACUUGAUCCAUCUCGAAGCCAAUUUCAUAUUAAUUCAAGCAUUGAUGCUCUUCUAUCCAAUGCCAUGAUUGAACGCUGGUAUCAGAAUGUCUCGUGGUCAAAUUAUUAUAAACAGUGCAAUCCAAACGUUUGCACGUUUACGUUUACUAAUAAGUAUAAUAUUUUAUAUAUCAUCACGACGCUUAUUGGUCUUGUCGGUGGCCUAUUUCAAGUUCUUAAAUUAAUUGUACCGCAUGCUGUACGAUUUAUUCGACAUCGAAUUUUUCGUGCGAUACCACCGUCUGUCACAUCGCCGAAUAAUAUGUCAGAAGGUAUUGAUCCAUAUAACGUUUACAAGUGA